UCUCCGUGUGCAGGCUCGGGAGUGAUUGGCGUUUGUCGCUUCGCUUUGUGCAUGGAUGUCGAGUGCCCAAGUACUGCAAACUGCUCCAUAAAGAAGACAAAGCCCUGGUGUUUGUAAGCAGCUCAGUCCCUUGAUCAAUGCUCCGACGUAAACAGUAUCGAUCCGCCCCGGAGCGAGAGGUAGUGUUCCUUUAGCCGGCUAGCUGGAGCCGCGGUGAAUGCAUGGAAACUCCGUCCCGGCUCUCUCUCCCGCAGACAGGCAAGCAACGUUCACUAGCGACCCUGGACAUGGGGAAUAAGAUGUCCUCUGGCAGAGGACGCAGUGACCAAAAUACGAUGUCCGGGUUAACUUCUCCGACCCCUCUUCCUUGCAGUGCCUUUCGUGCGGCUUCAGACUGCAAGCAGAUGCUUGACAAUAACGGUUGUAGUGAAGGAGACCUGAAAACCAGCGAAGGAGGCAAAAUGAAAGCAGCCGAUUUGAACCCGUCUCCCCCUCGAUCAUCUGAGCAACUGGAGUCUGAUGGAAACGUCACCUCUGAAACAAAUUGUCAGCAGAGUGAGUAUGUGUCGUCACCAGUGGCUUCACCAGUAAGCGACUCCGCAACAGACAGCCCAGACAAGCCCAAGGGGAUCCGCAGGAGACGUGGUAGGCCUUCUAAACCAAAAUUCGUGUUGCCUGAUGGUGAUGCUUUGCUCCCAAAAAGAGGAAGAGGACGGCCAAAAAAAUCUGAAGCUGCAGCUUAUCCAAAAAAGGUUCCUAAGAUUGUGGCUCCACGUCCUCCUGUUAAUCCUGCAAGGACGCUGAGGAGUAGAAGAGGGCCACAUCUGUCCACACAGGGUGAGACACUUAAUCCCGAGGAAUUCCGUCACGGUAUUAAAAGAAGAAGAGCCAAGUGCCACACUGAUCAGCAAAUUCCAGAAAAAGUGUUCAAGCUGGAAGAAUCCCAGGAGGUAUCACCAGAGUUGAGCAACAACAAAAACGGUGGUGGUAGUGUAGAAGCGAGCAUUGAUACACCAGAGACUAAUACAUAUGGAAAUGUUGAUCAGUUGCCCCUGCUUUCUGAAAAUGUGCAAGUAAAACGGGAGCUGCUGUCCCAGCCAGAGCCAGAAAUAAGUCCUUCACAUGAUUUGAAUAGUUUAAACUUGCUAAACCCCCCUAAAGACAGUAAAGAAACAAACAUAAAACAGUCAGUGAGCAUGAAUGGCAACGAGGAGCCUCUGUCAAAAACACCUGAUUUACCAGUGAUAGUGGAUUUUCUGAAGGAUGAGCCAUCUUGCACAAAUAUUGUAACCUCCAUUAAAGAAAUGCCCAAAUCUGUAGAGACCCCCUCUGCUGGGGAAGCUGAAGAUGUAGAUCUGGAAGAGGAUGACUCAAAUCCAGUGUCACAGUCAAAUAGUCCUAAAACUGUUCAAAAAGAUGCCACAUCCACAGUUAAACCAGAGUGUCCAAAAAGGCAGCGAAAACGUUUUAGGCGCAAGAGAGGCGGCAGGAGAAGGAGGAGGAGAAAUGUUUUUAUACAGAAGGAGAACCUUGUAGAGAAACAUGACGCUGGUGGGGAUACACAGCAAAAAACAGACGAUGCGGAUAAGGAAGUUGACUUGGAUGGCACUAAGGUCAUCUAUACUAAAAAAGGGAGUAAAACACUGUUAAAAUGUGGUUACUGUGGUCGGCUGUUUAAAUUUCUGUCUCAGUUCGUCAUCCAUCAGCGCAUUCAUACGGGGGAAAGGCCUUUCAUAUGCUCUGAGUGCGGAAAAGGUUUUAGCAAAAAUUCUAAUCUAAAUCUUCAUCUUAAGACGCACAGGAAGAACAACAUGUAUCAAAAAUGUCAUUUGUGCAAGCUACGGUUCUCUUCCUCGGAGUAUGCCUCUCAUCUUAAGACGCACGCAGAUGAGCUAGAGCUACAGACCAACAUCAUCAAGCCUGAAAAACAGAGCAGAGAGGUGACCCAUGAAAUCGACCAGGGAUUUCUGAAACCAGCCACACCGGAAAAAAAAGAAAAAAAGGUUUGCCAGUACUGUGGUAAAACAUUCCCGUUCCAGUCCGCCCUCGUUAGACAUGUCCGAGUCCACACGGGAGAGAAGCCCUACAAGUGUGAUAUAUGCGGCAAAGCUUUCGGUCAAGCCUAUUUUCUCCGAGUUCACGAAUUGACACACUGGUCUGUGAAGCGCUACAAUUGCACACUAUGCGAAAAAUCUUUCACUCAUUAUAGCAACGCAAAAAACCACACAUGUAAACCCGUGGAAGGAAUUGAACCUCCACAGACCAGCAGGCGUAUAAAACCCUCGCUGACAUACACAUGUCACAUCUGCAAAAAGAUUUUUGAACACCUGCAGGUGUUCAACACCCAUAUGAAAGAGCACACGGGCACAAGGCUUUACCGCUGUUUGUUUUGUGACAAGCUGUUUGCUACCCUGUCUGAAUUUCACACCCAUCGUAGUCGGUGCACGGCAGAGAAAAAUACUUCCAGUCAACCAAUAAAGGAGGAAGAGACGAUGACACUGAUUCAGUACUCGGUACCUUCACUUAGGUGUUCGUCAGGACCCAACUCCACUCCCGUUGUGACUUCACGCUGUGAAAUGCAAAACAAACCAUCGCAGGUCAGGCAGAAGAGGCGCGCUACCAAGUUAAACAAACCCUUUCUGUCAACGGUCGUACCGCCUGAUCAAAUGUCCCACAUUGUGUUAAAGCUGAACAAGCUCGAUAAUAGAUCCGACCCUAGGAGAUAUCUGUGCCCAAAGUGUGGGCGACAGUUCAGACAUAUGGGCAGGCUCAGAGCCCACAUGCUCACACACGCCGGCGGCCAGAGUUACACUUGUGCCUCUUGUGGGAAGACACUGGGGAGUUGGCAAAAACUGUGGUAUCACCAGAGAAUCCACCGGCAGAGAAGUGGCCGCUUCACUUGUCCACAGUGCGGGCAAGGUUUUCGCUUCGUCGGGGCUUAUAAAAAACACAUGAAAGAGCACCCCGAUUUCCACUGGGUUCAAAAGAGGCCUAUGAAAGCGUUUCUGCCUUAUCAAUGCGAGCAAUGCAAAUGCAGCUUUAAGACUCUCGAUCUGCUGUUCAGUCACCAGAUUUGCCAUUCCUCGACACAGGACAUACGCGUAGACACUAAUUUUGACUUAACAGAGGAUCGCAGUUCACAACCAAACAAGAAAAUACCAAGCUCUCCCAGCAACAGUCUGGUUAUUUUGUCAGGUGAAAGAAAUAGCGUUUUCUCGAGCCUCUCGCAUAAAUAUUCAGAUGCAGCUUGUGAAAGGUCCCCUCUGCUUCCCGUGAUUUCUUCUGUGUAUAGUCAGGGCCCGGAUUUGGAUUAUUCUGUAGGCAGCACACAGUUAGUCCAAGAUAAAGAAACUCAGCCUGACAGAAUGACUGAAAAUGUGCCUAUAAGUAGAAGAAAAACAUGUUCCAAUCAAAGUAACAGCAAAUCAAAUGAAGGGUCUUCAGACGAUGUUAAUUGUGCUGUGUGUGGAAAUGCGUUUCCUGCCAUUUCAGACCUUUAUCAACACUAUUUACAGCAUGCUAGAGGUGAGGUGUAAAACAUGACAUGCAGUUUUCUCACAUUUAGGUAUUUUUAAGUUUUGAACGCAGGGGCCCUCCUAGUGUUGGAUUAAACAACAUAAAAACAUUACUUCACACUUGGUAAACAAGGAAACAGAGCACGCUGUGAAUUUCAAAUCUGUUUUCAUUUCCUUUUAGUUAAGAACUUCAGGAAGAUUCCACUUACUCUAUUUUAGUCAUUUCUGACUUCUAAAAUAAAAGGAAAGCUGUUGAGAAACAGAAAGAAAGUUGGGGGCACGCUGAUGAUGCCAGAAGGGACUGCAGUGCGCUAUCAAACUAAUUUUCCAGAUACUGUACAUGUAGUGGAUCAAUUCCUUACCAGCAGCAAAACAUGAAUAUUAGGCUGUUCAAGAAUGUGUCUGGAGGCAGAAAUAAAUUACUUAUAUAUAGAUUAGAUUUAAAAGAAAAACAGAUUGGGUCCUCAUUUAUGCAUUCUGGAACUGGUAUUUAAUAACUUUGGGGAUUUAUUUCACAAUCUGAGACAAAGCUAACAGUUUAAAAUAAAAUCAUGUCCUUAAAAUAAACACACUGUGUGAGUUUAGUUUGAUUAAGUUCAUCACAGUGCAUCUGCCUGCGUUGUAUUCACUGUGAAUGAAAUUAUCAACUUAAACCAUGUACGGUAGUUCUGGAGGGCACUGAAUUCACAUUUGUGUUGGACAACAACAUCCUUGUGUUUCAGCAUUUUCCAUUUAUAUUUUAAGAAUGAAUAUCCGGCUUUGCACAAAUGUGUCAUGUGCUUUUAUCUAGCUUUACACUUAACUACCCACAAAAAACGUCAGACAAACAUUCCACAACUAUUAGCCAGGUUUUGCAGAUUAUUAUUUACUGCUUAUUGGAUGAAAAAGUGUAAAUUUUGACCAUCGUGUUGGCCUUUACUUUUUUGGAGAAAUGAACCUCUUUCCUUGUUGUUCCUUCACUCUGUUGUAUAUAUUGAUGCUACAGUUUUGUCUUGAACACAAUAAAGCCAAUUUUUGUA